UAUAUAAACCCCUCCAAAGCCCGGAUUUUUAUCCGGUGGCCCUGACCCUCUCUCUCAUUGCUCCCAUCAUUAGGUUUUCUUGGCAGCACGCGACAGCUCUGUUUCUCGACAUCCAUGGCGGAGGAGAGCGGCGUCGUUGCGGCGGAUUUGCCCGUGAAGAGGCCCAGAGAAGAAGAGGCGGAUGGCGCCGCCGCCACCAUGGAAGUGGAUGGCGCCGGCAAAGAGCCGAACUGCAUUUCGGCUGUCAUCCCCGGGUGGUUCUCCGAGAUUAGCCCAAUGUGGCCCGGAGAAGCUCAUUCCUUAAAGGUGGAAAAGAUUUUAUUCCAGGGGAAAUCUGACUUCCAAGAUGUCAUGGUCUUUCAGUCGUCAACAUAUGGCAAAGUCCUAGUCUUGGAUGGGGUUAUUCAGAUCACUGAGAGAGAUGAGUGUGCAUACCAAGAAAUGAUCACUCAUCUUCCCCUCUGCUCAAUUCCGAGUCCGAAGAAGGUAUUGGUUAUUGGCGGAGGAGACGGUGGCGUACUUCGUGAAGUGGCUCGCCAUACUUCAGUUGAACAGAUCGAUAUCUGUGAAAUUGAUGCCAUGGUGGUUGAUGUCUCUAAACAAUUCUUCCCCGAGAUUGCAGUUGGUUUUCAGGAUCCCCGUGUGAAUCUCAAGAUUGGUGAUGGAGUUGCAUUUUUGAAAGCUGUUCCUGAGGGAACUUAUGAUGCAAUCAUAGUGGAUUCAUCCGAUCCAAUAGGUCCAGCACAGGAGCUGUUCGAGAAGCCGUUCUUCGGGUCUGUAGCGAAGGCCCUCCGCCCGGGAGGAGUCGUGUGUACUCAGGCAGAAAGUAUAUGGCUCCACAUGCACAUCAUUGAGGAUAUUGUUGCAAAUUGCCGCCAGGUCUUUAAGGGCUCUGUCAAUUAUGCAUGGACGACUGUUCCUACUUAUCCCAGUGGGGUGAUUGGCUUCAUGCUCUGCUCGACGGAGGGGCCUGCUGUGGAUUUCAAGCACCCAAUCAACCCGAUAGACUCUGAUGAGAAUCUCAGCAAAUCGAAGCGUCCUUUGAGGUUCUACAACAGAGAGAUUCAUUCUGCGGCUUUCUGUUUGCCGUCUUUUGCCAAGAAGGUGAUUGAUUCCAAAACCAAGUGAGGGAAUGUCUGAGGAGAUCUCUCGAGUGGGUUUGAGCUCAGAGGGUGUUCCAAGGCCCAAUCCUUGAGGAAAGCAUCGGUUCGAGUCGCAUAGGGAUCCCGUGGAAUUACGCGAGAUUCGGAUCUUUAUAAUUCUAUAAGCUUUUUCAUAGUUGUUAGGGCAUUCUUAGUUUAUCCUUUUCGUUGGACCGCGAGUCCUUUUCUUUCGACACUGAAAGACUUUGAUGGCAUUGCUGGAAGACCCAACUAGAUGAUAUUAUUAGCCAUGUAAUACAAAUGGAGCUUGAGUUAGAGCAACCGUGAUUCCUCUUUGAUUUCUA